CGGAGCUGAAUCACUGGAGACAGGCGUGAUGCAGCACGCCCGAACAGAACCCGUGCCGGGUGCGGCUCCGGUCUGCGGAGGAUCUGCAGCGCCACACAAAUCUUUAAUAAUACAUUGAUUAUAGUGAUUAUAGUCUAGUGAAACUGUGCAGGUGUGAGUGGGUUCCUCUCGAGUUUAAAUAAGAGAAGCGUCUCGACAAGAGAGAAAUGAAAACUUGUGAGGGAUAUGAACGUCAACGUCACACAGCACAAAUGUGUUUUACGUCGCUGUGAAUUGGACUUUGGAAGAACUCGUCCUGAACUGUCCCUGUGACCGUGACCCGGCUGACCAUGAGCAACAGCUACAGCACGACCCUGAUCGGACCUUCACCCUGGGGCUUUAGACUUCAGGGUGGGAAAGACUUCAGCAUGCCCCUCACCAUCUCCAAGCUGACGGAUGGAGGGAAAGCGGCUAAAGCUAAGAUCAGCGUGGGCGACAUCGUGCUCUCCAUCGACGGAAUCGCCACAGACUCCAUGACGCACCUGGAGGCACAAAACAAAAUUAAAGCCUGCGUGGGAAAUCUCAGUCUGUCGCUGCUGAGAUCUGCCGGUGUCACUAAAAACGAGAAGGAAGCCCAGGAGAUCAGAAAGCCUGUGCCCGUAAGCCAACCACCAGCCAGCUCUGCCAACCUCACCCCGGCCACCAACCCCUACAAUAAGACCGCACGUCCCUUCGGAGGGGGCGUCAGCACUGUGAGAUCAGUCAGUCCGUCCCUGAGCCCCACACCGUUCGCGGCACCCAAAGCCUCCAUCCCCUCGGCCUCAUCCGCUUUCACACCAGCAGCUCCAUCCCAGCACCCCCCUCAGCCUCCCUUCCCGCUGGGUGGAGGCACCAACCGCACCCUGUCCUCGCCUAGCUCCGCCCCAAAGCCCGUCUCCGGACACUCCCCCUUCGCCAACUCCUCCUCUGCUUCCUCCUCUGGCUCCUCCUCCCCAGCGAGAGUAAGCGGUCCCUCCUCUGCACCCACCGCCCCUCAGCCCUCCGUCUAUAACACGCCCAUCAACCUCUACUCCAAUGAGAACGCCUGUGAGGUGGCCAUCGGUCAAAGGCGGGGUCUUCUGGAGAGCAAAGGAGAACAGCUUAAUGGGACCGCACGGAAACCCGUCAUAGAGAUGGAGGUGAACCACGUGUCUCCGCUCAGCAAUGACAGUAAGAAGCGUCUGAUCGAGGACACGGAGGAUUGGCACCCGCGCACGGGGACGUCGCAGUCCCGGUCCUUCCGCAUCCUGGCACAGAUCACUGGCACAGAGAAUGAUCAAGCCCAGGAGAACCGGACUGGAAAGAAGGAGGAAGCCGCAGACGUUCAGCCCACAUCUCAUGUGACAUCUUCAGUGAAAACCAUGAGCAAAACUCCCGCUGGAGCGCCUCGGCAGGGCAACGGGGUCCCGCCACCUACCACCAAAAGCUGGCAGUCUGCAAACACUGCAGGAUUUCCCAAAGCAGGUGCACCUGCGCCGCAGACGGGGCCCUCAUACGGACGGGUGGGCAACAGCCUUCCAAAGGGUCCGAAUCCACCUGCGCCUCAAGCUCAGCCCAAAGGCCAAGAGGAUUCGCUGGUACAAAGAGCCGAACACAUGCCGCCGGACACACGCGCACCCAUGUGUGGCCACUGCAACACCAUCAUCAGGGGUCCGUUCCUGGUUGCCCUGGGCAAAUCAUGGCACAAGGAUGAGUUCACCUGCACCCACUGUCACUGCUCGCUGGCAGAUGUGGGCUUCGUGGAGGAACGGGGGUCCGUCUGCUGCGAGCACUGUUACGCAGAUUUGUUUGCCCCCACAUGCUGUCGCUGUCAUCAGAAGGUUCUAGGGGAAGUUAUCAACGCCCUGAAGCAAACCUGGCACGUUUACUGCUUCGUAUGCACCACCUGCCAGCAGCCAAUCCGCAACGACACUUUCCACCUGGAGGACGGACAGCCGUACUGUGAGAGAGAUUACUACACCCUCUUUGGUACCAGCUGUCACGGUUGCGAUUUCCCGAUCGAAGCCGGUGAUAAGUUCUUGGAGGCUUUGGGCUAUACCUGGCAUGACACCUGUUUUGUGUGUACGGUCUGCACCACGAGUCUAGAGGGUCAAGCCUUCUUCUCCAAGAAAGACAAGCCCUUAUGCAAGAAGCACGCUCACACCAUCCAAUUCUGAACCCACGGAAAAGAAUGAAAACACAUUAUGUCAUUUGUGAGAAUAAUUCUUGCUAGGUGAAUGUUUUGCUAUGUUGUUUUGUUUCUAUCUGAAUGCCAGACAUUGGAGUUCUGAUAAAAAUGUUUUGGCGACUACAACAGCUAUCACAUUUGGACAGAUGCUGUCAGUAUUUAAUACACCUGCUAUAUGAGGUUAAACACUGCCACGUAACAAUCAGUCAUUUUACAAUGUUUAUAUAUUGAAUGAAUACGAUGUGAUGUCAAUGUUUUAUCGAAAACAAACUGAUGCCAUUUACGUGAUAGAAAAUAAUGUCGACUUGCAAGAAAUAUAUCAGUCUAUUCGUUAAGCAUCGCAGAAGUUGUAUUACUUUUCUCCACAGCUAUUUAAAAGAGGCUUUGACUUCAUAAUAUAUUUUUCUGAUGUUUGUUGGCACAUGCAGACUGUAUUUGUGGUGUCAGCUGUAUUUCUGCAGGUAUAGAUAUUGACGGGCGAUUUCUGGGGCUUUUCGAGGGCGACAGUGAUAUUUAAUGUUUUUUGUGCGGCUUUAUAUAAGGUCUGCGGAUCUUUAUGGGGAUUCAAUCAGUGUUUGUGUGGUUUAAAAGUGCCUUAACGUGUUCCGAUUAAGAUGAUUAAUAUUUACAUUUGUCAGUCAUUCAGACAGCUGUGUUAUCUUCAUGUAUUAGCACUAGAUUUUAAGGGGUUAAUGGUCUUUCUAAAACUUUGUCGUAGUUGUCAACUGUAAUGUAUAAAAUAAUAAAAAUCUGUGUUUGUUUCA